AACAUCAUCCUUCUCGCCGUUCUUCAACCCCAAACCCUAGAUCUCCCUGAACCACCCAAAAUGAAGUACAACCCACGAGUCACCAGCUCCCGCCGGAAGUGCCGCAAGGCCCACUUCACCGCCCCAUCAAGCGUCCGCCGCGUGCUAAUGAGCGCACCCUUAUCCACCGAGCUCCGAACCAAAUACAACGUCCGAUCAGUCCCGGUCCGCAAAGACGACGAGGUUCAGGUGGUUCGCGGGACCUACAAGGGCCGCGAAGGUAAGGUUGUGCAGGUGUACCGUCGCAAAUGGGUUAUUCAUGUUGAGAGGAUCACUCGUGAGAAGGUCAACGGUCAGACGGUCAAUGUGGGUAUUAAUCCGUCGAAGGUUGUUGUUACGAAGCUGAAGCUUGAUAAGGAUAGGAAGUCGUUGCUUGAGAGGAAAGCGAAGGGGCGUGGUGCGGAUAAGAGUAAGGGAAAGUUUAGUGUUGAGGAUGUUGCUGCUGGUGCUUCUCUUCAAGAGAUUGAUUAGGUUAUUAUUAUUAAUAUGUUAUGUUGUUGAGGGUUGUUUUUUGGAUUUUUGAUUUUGAUGGAUUGUGUUUGUUGGGUUAAUGAGGAUAAUUUUGCUGGUUAAUUGUAGUUGAAUUAAUAUGCUUUGAAUUGUUUA